GUUUCAGAUCGUUGCGUAAAGCAUUUUUAUGGUGCAACGUUUAUUUUUGCUCAAAUUAUGGCCUCUUCCAAGCAAGAAGACAAUAACCGGAAGCUGUUGGAAGAACUAAAUCGAACUCGACAAUUGAUGAUGAAGAACUCGGGGGCAUCGAGCCGUUCGUUGGCAUCGGAUUCAAUAGCUCCGCGUUGUGACCCACGUACGGUUCAAUUAGUAAAUAAUUUGGAGUCGCAAACAUCGAUUACAUUUAUCCCGACCAACUCACAAUAUAAUAAUACCAUAUUACCUGUCUUUCCAAGAAUACCACCUCCUUGAUGUGGUGCUUCUUUACUUGAGUUCCUCUGGAUUUAUCGAUUCGGCUAUGAAGCACAGCGUGCACCUUAGCAUGCUGAAAUAUGAAAUGAAGUCUUUUUCCUUCCAGUUAUGUUAUCAUGAACAUACAGUCGCAG